UAAUAAUUCUGUGGUUCGGUAAUGUCAAUGUCAAAUGUCAAUAAAUAAAAAAUAAAGAUAACCAAAAUGUCAAUUUCGGUAUUUUAAUAAUGUUUGUAAACAUAUAGUUUUAAGGUAAAUUAAGCAGCAAAAAUGUCUUACAGUGUAAAUAUAUCAGUCGAAGCUCCAAUCGAAAAUCAAAUACAAGAAAUUACUUAUGAUGGAACAGAGAUAUAUCAACCACCUUUAACUCUUUCUGAGAGUCUCGCUAAGUAUGCUCAAAAGAUAGACUUCAGUAAAACGUCAGAAUUAGAAAUUAAGAAGGAAGAAACUAACGAAGAUGCUAAAUCAGACACUGACAGUAAAGAUGCGUUUCAGUCUUCAUUAUGGCCCUGGGAUUCGGUGAGAAAUAAACUUAGGAAUGCCCUUACGGAAGUAUGUGUAUUAGCCGACGUAUUGGCGAUUGCUAAAGACAAAAGAUACUUAGUUCUUGACCCUGUACAACAAGAAUCUCUUGAUACGAAACCGAUGGUUCAAAUCUAUGCUAGGAAGAAAGCGUUAGCAGGUGCUGCUAGUGUAUUGUUAGCUGGUGCAGAAAAGAUGAAAAAUUCUCAAAAUGAAGCAGCACGAAGUAGAACAACCUUAGAUUUUCAUAUAGAACUUCUUAGGUUAAGACAAAACUGGAGACUGAAAAAGGUCUCUAAUACGAUCAUAGGAGAUCUCAGCUAUAGGACCACAGGAUCCAAGUACUUACAGACUGGCACAUUUGAGGUAACCAAAGCAGAAGACGAGGAAAAAACUAACAGUCCUCCAAGCAGUCCAUUACCAGGAGGUCCAGCCCCUGUAAAACCUACAAGUGCUUUAAGAGUAUCAAUUCCCUCUGAGCUGCAAGGUGUUGCUUAUAUUGAAGUUUUGUGCCAAAAAGAUCAAGAAGAUCUUUGCACUGCCAAUUUGACGCUCCUCGGCUCCGGUCCCCCACCGUCCAAUCCUGAUAUGCAUUGGCAACAGAAACUUGAAGCUGCGCAAAAUGUUCUAUUUUGUAAAGAACUUUUCAAUCAACUAGCUAAAGAGGCAGUACAGCUGCAAGCACCAGUACCACAUAUGGUUGUUGGAAAUCAGAUCAUGGCGACCGUUUUGCCAGGUAUUCAACUAAUUAUUGGAUUAAGGCACUCCACAUCAAGUGACAAGAAACAACAAAAUCCUCCACCAUCUAAAAGCGAUCACGACCAUGUUCUGGAACAUUCUUUACAUCAACUUCUAAGGGAAGUGCACCACAAAAAUACGCACCAUCCUUUCCCCCAUCCUGCAACUGGGCCGUUGGGUCCAUCCAAGAAGAGAAUGCUUGCAGGUCCUAUGGCAGCUGACCGGUACGAACUUCUUGAAAUGACGAAAACCCAAACACUUCUGGAACAGAUAGUUCAACAAGCCCAACAUUUUAUUAUGAGGAUGAGAACUGAGUAUGUGCUUGACACCAUAGCAAAAGAAGUAAAAGAUCCACUCAUUACCUCUCACUGGAAUACUCUGAAUAGUCCAACACAGUCUUGUGUUAAAAUUCAUAUUUCGACACAUGGUUACGAUGCUGUUUGUAGAACACCUCUUAUAAUACAUGUUGGACAGAAGAAUCUAAAAUGUAUCUGCAGAGACGGAAAAGUGAUGAACAUGAGUUACGAACCACAAGAAUUAAGAGAUCUAAUAUUUUGUCAUAUUAACCAGCAUCAAAUAUUGGCAGUUCAAGCUUUGGCUAAGACAAUGGGAUGGCAAGCUUUAGGAAACUCCAAUCAUUUAGGUACUGGUACCGUUGAACCACUAGGAAACGCCAGUUCUUGUCUACUGUCCUCACCGACAGGAGACAGAAUAAUAGCGGUACGAUGUGAACCGUCAACUGGAACCCAAGUUUCUGUCGCGCAUUCGCCACGAACUGACUUUUUCCCAAGUCGACUCGUAACAGAAAGAAAAUGGGAGCAUUUGGGCGGUCAGUUUAGAGAUGUAAGAUUGGACAAGAUGGAGGGUAGAAACUUUUUGCAUAAAAUGGAGCUGUUGAUGGCUAGUUUGACUAGUAGUUCUUAAUUUUUAAGGGGUUUUACGGUGCAUUUUUUCGGAAGGUGACUUUUUUAUCCUAUUGAUGUAUUAAAGUGUUGUGAGUAAAAUAAAUACUAGAUAUAAUAAUA